UGUUUAGUGUGAACUCUUGUUUGUUUCAAGUGGAAAGCUUCUCUUGUUUCAACUUAUCUGAAGAACGAUAAGAAGCAGCAGAAUUUCUGUCGCCGGUGAACUCGAGAGAAGAGCAACCAGUGGCUGCUGCCUCAAGCAUCGACCAAGUUGGCUCUUCUUGAAGUCUUCUGCAAAAUGGCUUCCUCAGCACCUGUUAUUUCUUCAAAUGACUUCAAAACCUUCAAAAUGACCUUGUUUGUGAGGAGGUACGGAAAGAAGGUGGUUCACCUCAUAUACACCUUCCACUUUCUCCACGGGCAACACAGGAGCAUCCUAGAGAUUCUCACCGACAACCAAGUUCCACUUCAAGGGAGGAGAUGUCCUUUCAAUGUCCAGGAAAUAACAAAUCUUACAGAUAAGCUUCCAGAAGAUCUGGACAUCACAUUGAUGAAUAAAGUCUGUCAAGCUCUUUGGCAAAAGGGGGUGAAUGACCCUGGGGAUGAAUUAAAAGGGUUAUUAAAAAAGAUCAAAGAUGAGAGGAACUUUGUUAGCCACGAAGAGCCUCAUAUGUCAGAACCAGAAUUGGAAAGUAAACUAAGAGACUUUCAAGCAACGCUCGAGGAAACUCUUGAGAAACUCAAGUCUCUCUUUCCAUCUCAUGGUUCUGACACUGACCAGCUUAAAGCAGAGAUCCAAGAUGCUCUUCCAAAGCUCCUAGAAAAGGUCCGUGAGAAAUAUGAUCCCUCAAACCCCCAGGAUGUACAAAGGCUUAAAGAUGAAAUAGGAGAGUUUAGGAGUGAGUUCUAUGACAUGAUACAAGAAUCAUCUGAAGCAGAACUCCUGUCUCUUAAUGAACGCCUCUGUCAGAUUUUGCCCUACGACUGGCUGGCUCAGUAUGGUACUACAGAUCCAGGACAGAUUAUGGUAUCUUUACAAGUUGCAGAUGAUCAGGAGUUAAAUAAAGGUCUCCAUGGCAAUAAAAGUAUCAUUGUAAAUCAAAAAGAAAUCUUCAACAUCAAAGACCGAAUGGGAAAAGACCCUGAAGUUGUGAUUAUAUCUGGCGAUGCAGGUUCUGGAAAGACCACAAUUCUUUGUUCCUAUGCAGAGGAAUGGUGCAAGAAGACGAUGGAUGUUCCAGGACUCUCUUCCUUCCCAUUUCUGCUCUGUAUGCAGUUCAGGAAUCAUGACCACGACAACUUUGAUGACUACCUUAAAAACUUGGUCACAAAAACUGUUGCUCUAUUUCCCUUUGACCUUGUCAGAUCAGUUGUCCUGGAUUCAAGGUGCUUGGUCCUAUGUGACGGCUAUGAUGAGGCCAAUGAAAAAUCUAAGAAUCUAUUUGAAGAUAUGUUAGCCCUUAAUUCAAAUAUGAUGAAGUUUGUUGUCACAACACGUCCAGGGAACACCGAGGGACUAACAAAAAUUGUGAACAAAGGAAAACGUUCCAGAAUCAACCUCAAGGUUUCAGGUCUUCAGGAAGAAGAUAUGAAAUUGCUCACAGAAAAGCUCAUUGGCCAUCUGAUGAAGGAUGAUGUCACCCAACAGGAGCAAACAAAAAAGGGGCUGCUUCAGAAAAUAGAGGAAAUGAACACUGACACUAGAACCAUCCUGCAAACCCCACUGUAUUUCAACCUGUUCGUUCUCCUUUACAUUGAGUGUCCAGAUCUAAGGGAUGAAAUGAGCACCAGGACAUCAGUCUACUUACAGCUGAAAAGGCACAAGAUCAAGAGAAUCUCUGACAAGACAGGAAUUUCUGAAGAACUGCUGGAGAAAUUUGAUGCACUGUACAGAAAAUGGUCUCUGAAACAUUACAUGGAAAAAAAAUAUGAAUUCUCUGAGGCAGAUGUAAGAGGCUUUAGAGAGGAGAUUAAGCAAGCGUUACCUGAAAAAGUAUUUCAGAACUUUGAUGCCAUCAUGUCAUCCUAUUUCUCCAUAAAGAAAACAAAGAAGCACCUGGACAUUGUCAAGGUCUACUGCCACAGACACAGAAGUGAGCAGGAGUUUGCAGCUGCAGGCAGUAUCUGUGAUGACAUCGUCGCAUCAAGUGGAAGGACGCAAGAAGAGAACAUUGUCCUAGACAUCAUCACAUCAAGUGGAAGGACGCAAGGAGAGAACAUUGUCCUAGACAUCAUCACAUCAAGUGGAAGGAUGCAAGGAGGUGGAAGUGAUCCAAGACAGUUAUUUAUGAGAUUCAGAGGUGUGAUUUCCUUCAUACCAGGAAUACUUUGUGGUACUGAGAGAGAUGUGUUGCAUGAUACAAUAGAGGAGAUUCAUGAACUCUAUGUAUCAGACUCACUCUCUUUUGGUAUACAUGAUGCUCUUUUGGACCCAUGUAUUGAAACCAGACUGGACGAUAAGGUUUUGGAAUCACUUGUGUCACAGAUGAGAAAAACAUCGCUGAAGGACCGAGUAAGAUUCGAAGAGCCCAAGAGUCUUUAUGUCCUACCGUCCUUGCUGCCUAAACUGAGGCCCAAAGAGAUUAUAUUGAAAUUUGUUAUUUCAAAUGUAACAAUACAUGUGUCACAACUCAGUGAAACGCUGAAGUCUGCUAACCAUAACAUUUAUACAGAGGUUCAGCUUUCGAUGCGCCUAAGUGUUUGUGCACAACUUCCAGGACAGGAGGAGGUUUUGAAUCCAGUGGAUUAUUUAAAAAUGGACAUUUGGGAUGAUGGCUACGAAGACUUAGAGAGGUUGAGGAGGCCCUUUUCUCUCACGACUCCACCAAAGGAACUGAAAUUAAAAUACUUCAUGUUUUAUGCUCCUGAGAAUCGUAGUCAUGUUUCCCAAGUCAUAAACAGGACGUUUCCAACAAUCAGGGAAGAAGGAGGAGGAGGAAGCACCACUGAUUUAGUGAUUCACUUAUAUAAAGAUCAAGACAUAAGGCUCCUACUCGAGUCGCUGACUGUUGCGCCUCUGAGGGAAAUAAGGAUUCAUGUGCCUCCUGGCACGAAGAUUGACGAUGUUGAAGGACUGAAGACGCUCGCAAGGGAGAGGAGCCUUGGCACAUUAUACCUUUCUGGAGUAGUUGAAGAAGAGAAGAAGAUCGAUUGCUGUUGUAUCUUAUGAGGAUCUUUCGGUAAAGUGCAGAUGGUUUCUUGUAUCCCAGGUCUCUUGUUCAUACCUUUAGUGUCUUUAUUCUUUGUUCAGAGAGAGAGAGAGAGAGAGAGAGCACAGAUGUUCAUAAGUAGCAAGUCUAUCCUUCAAUGCAUCUCUCUCUCACUCUCCAAGGGUGGUUGCCUGAUUCACUUCCCUACUGCUGACUCAGGGAGGAGGAGGUGGAAGAAGAAGAAGACUUCCAUAUUACAAGUUACUCAAUAUACCUUUAUAUACUGUUCCGUUUCAACACCUCCCCCUCCCCCUCUCCCUCCCUAGCACUUCCUAGGCCCUCUUCCCUCCCAGUCUCUCCCUCCUCCCUCUCAGUCCCUCCUGUAGUCUCCCAUUGUUCCCACAUGCCCAAGCCGCCACCUGAAAGAAGCUCUCUGCCUGCUCCACCUUUCUUUUCUGUGCUUCUGUCUGUUGUGAUGUCUUGCUGUCACUGACAGGAAAGGAGAGGAACUGCAUCUUCCUUCUCUCUCUCUCUCUCUCUCUCUCUCUCUCUCUCUCUCUCUCUCUCUCUCUCUCUCUCUCUCUCUCUGAUGUGUCAAAGUGUUGGUUUCGAGUGACUGGAUAAAUAAUCGAGAGAUAUUAUGCCUUAUUCAGUUGUUCAAUUGUAUUAAUAUUAAGGCCAUACUCAACAGGGAUCUAUCAUUACAUAGAGAACUCUUCUUACAUAAUUAAAGAUAUGCUGUUCUAUAUAUGCAUGUAUGUAUGUAUGUAUGUAUGUAUAUAUGUAUGUAUGUAUGUAUGUAUAUAUGUAUGUAUAUAUGGUGUCUCUGCUGUUGUUCUGAAAUUGUCCUCAAUACAAAGGAUAGAUGAGGAAAUGACAGAACUGAUGAAAGGUGUUGUUCAGCUUUCUAGAUGCUGUUGUUAUCAUUUGUUUGUUUGUUGUUGUUCUCUAGAGUAUAAUAUGUCUGUCAGCUUCCUUUAUGUUGUUUUACAGGUGAAGAAAGUCAAAGUAAUUCAUGAAAGAUCUGCGGAAAUGUUUGUACACUAAUUAACUUUACUUAGCUGCAUUUAAAGUUCCACUUGUAAAAGUGACAAUGUUGAAAAUGUUAUAUAAUAUGUAUUCUUUUUUUCAUUGUUCUGCUUUGAGUUCUUUAUGAUUCCUGAGAAAUAUUUGUUUAUCUUUUAUGUCCUUUUCUCAGAACAAGUUUGAGAACCUGUUGCAUUUUUAUAACUACAGUAGUGCAGUCAAUAGACUUACCUAUCUAUCUAUCUAUAUGGAAAUACCGAAAUGCCAAGGACGCAUAAUUUGUUUAAGCUUUGCAAAUACACUGGAUGCUUACUUCCA